AGCGUUCCUCACGUCUAUAACGUCUUAAAGACAUGCACGUUUUCUUCACGCCCCCUCACAUAUGGCAGUCCUAUCCCACCUGUUUGCCUGUAUGAUGGAUGGCAACCUUUACCAGGUGGUACCGUUAUUUAACGCUAACGUCCCACAAGCACACUUUGACUUUACCACAUUAACCUUGACGUAUCACUUAGCACAAACGCUACCAUCUGUACUAAUUCCAGCUUCCGUGGGGCAUAAAAUACUUUUAAAACGUGAAAAAACGUAAUAACAAACCUACCGACCGGUCUAGCUUUGCAGCGUUCGUUCGAGCUUCCGGAAACAGACGUGACGUCACGACUCCGGAAACAGCCGAAGCUGCCCGAGGCACCGAUGGUGACGUCAUAGUACGAAAAUAGCCGAAGGUUGCCGAGGAGACGAUCGUGACGUCAUAAGGGACAGGUUCGUACUGGAGGACGGAGCUCGGUACAAGACGGGGACAAAGAGAUCGGACAAAUUCUGAUUUUACACGGUUUUAGCGUACAUAGCGGGAUAAAUUUUGCCAUGAGUAGGUGGUAUGGAGUCCUCCUGACCAUCUUAGUCGUGCUGCUGAACGAAGUGAGUUCAGCAGCUGAGUACUGCACCGGCUAUGGCCACUAUUGUGAGUCGAGUUGUUUCUCGAGUAAGCAAUGUCGGCAGGGCCAGUUCUGCUGCCGGUACAUGUGCUGUCAGCUCAGCCUGUUCUCCUACUAUUACACUCACGUCUGGGAUGUCUGGUACCUCUGGUUUGUGGUUAUCUUCGUGAUGAUGGCGUGCUGCGGCGGGUGUGGCUACUAUCGCCGGCGGCAACACCUUCUGCAGCAGUCCCGGAUGUCUUCAGGGGGCGCUAUUGUGUACGCGGGAGCCCUUCCCGGCGAGCACAUGUCGUCACAGACAUCACAGCAUGGAGCAUUGCAGACACAGCUACCUGAGGCCGCCGCGCCUCCGCCAUACAGCGAGGUAACAACCAAGCCUGAUGUGUACCCCCUGGCGCCGGACAGCUUCCAGUACGGUCCCGCCUACCCCCCUCCGUACCCUGUGUACGGGGCCUCGCCGUACCCCCCUCCCUACACCCCCUCAACAGACGCCACCCCCAGGCAAGCUGAGGGACCUGAAAGUGAAACCAACACCACAGCUGUACCAGGUGCUGCAGGUGCCACACCCAUCCCCAACAACCCAAAUAUGGACAGUUCCGCCACGGCUGUUGCCAUGCCAACCAGUGUUACUGCCGGCAACCCCAGUACUGUCGCCAUGCCAACCAUUCCUCCUGGCAACAGGGAAGAGCACAGGCACUGAUCGCGCCUCCCCACAAAUGUUAUAGCCAUACCUCCCACUUUACUACUUAAGUCACUGGUCCGAAAAUGCUUCUGAAAGACCAAGUUUUAUUGAAGUAGGGCAUCAUUAUAAAGACCAUGGAUUUGAGAAAGGCAAAGCAUCCUUAAUUUUUGUAAUGUAAACAGAAAAAAGUGUCAUGUUCUUUCACGAGACAAAACAUACCAUGACAAGUUAUAAAACUGCAAAGCUAAAAAAUUUUGUAAAAUGUUGAACGUAAAGUGAAUAGUGAAAUCUUACAGAAGGGUAUUGCAUAGCAGACUCUAGUAACUGAUAUAAGUGUGAAAAUACAUCAUAUUUUUAUCCAAUGCUUUUAUUCUUCCAUUAUUUUUGCCCUAAGAUUAUAUCAGAGUCUGAUGAAUGAACGUUUACCUGUGAGACUGUAAUACUGAUGUCAUUUGUGAUACAAAUGAAAAUUCUUUCAAAUUCAGAUACUGCAGUGAUUCUUUCCUUUAUGUUUAAUAAACCUUGCUGGCUAUGCUGCACUGUUGGUAUAGUGAAAAUACUGUUUGCAAAGCUUGUCAGUGUUAAAGCUGCUGUGAUACCAGUGCACAUGGUUGUAGUUGUGAUAGAUGUUGCAAUAGUGCACAUUCAUCAGCCUAAUAUAGUAAGUAGGCAGGUCCAGGUGAUGCCAUGAUUAUUGUUCAUUGAUGAGAAAAGCUGUACAUAACUUAGCAACCGAUGUGGGUGCCCGUAUACUGUUGUAUAAGUCUGAGGAGCUUUCAUCAACGAGUCUUACUGCAAUUUUAUAUAAUUUUGUUGUUGUAUCUAGACUGAUAGAUAUCAGUAUCAUAUGUUUGUCAAAAGCUGUGAGCUGUAUCUGAUUAUUUUACAGAUUUAUAUUGUAGUUAUGUUGAUUUUAUGUUGCUUUUGUUGAUGGCAUGAGUCCCAGAUAUGCUGCAGGAGUUGUGAAAACAUAUUUUUCAAGAUGUGAUAAUUUUUGUAGACGUUACAUGAAAUUAUGACGUCCUUCCGAAUGUUCAUUUACAUGGGGCAUAAUUGUACAUAAAAGAUGUUCUCACAAAUUAAAGCUUUUAAUGGAGAAAGAAA